GAUGAAGUGGAGAAGAAAAGAAUUAGGGAUCGAGAUGGAGUCGGACGAAGAGGAGCAGAGGGUCCCACUAAGAAACCGAGCGGAGCUCUCGGACGUGAUCCCGGUGGAACAAGACGACGGGCCGAACCCGGUGGUGGCCAUAUGGUACAAGGAAGAAUUCCGAGAGACGAUGGACUACUUCCGAGCCCUUUACAAAGCCGAUGAGCGAUCCCCACGCGCUCUUGAGCUGACCUCCAUGGCCAUCGAGUUCAACCCCGGCAACUAUACUGUAUGGCACUUCCGGCGCUCGGUGCUUGAAGCCCUCCGUCAUGAUCUGCACGCUGAACUUGCUCUUACCGAACGUAUCGCUCAAACCAACUCCAAAAAUUAUCAGUUAUGGCACCAUAGGCGGUGGGUAGCCGAAAAAUUGGGAACUAGUGCUACAACCGAGGAACUUAGGUUCACCCAGAGGAUACUCUCCAUGGAUUCUAAGCAUUACCAUGCUUGGUCUCAUAGGCAGUGGGUUCUUCAAGCACUUGGUGGCUGGGAACAGGAACUUGACUAUUGUCACCACCUCCUUCAAGAGGACAUUUUUAACAAUUCUGCUUGGAAUCAGAGAUAUUUUGUCAUUACAAGAUCUCCAUUCCUGGGGGGCCUGAAAGCUAUGAGAGAGUCUGAAGUGUGUUAUACUCUUAAUGCCAUCGUUACCUGCCCCGAGAAUGAAAGCUCAUGGAGGUACCUUCGAGGGCUUUACAAAGAUGACAAUUCCUCUUGGGUAAACAAUCCUCAAAUUUCUUCUGUAUGCCUUGAGAUUAUAAAUGCCAAAGCCAACUUUGUCUUUGCUUUGAGCACACUUUUGGAUCUCAUCUCUCAUGGUUUCCAACCAAGCCAAGAGUUCAAAGAUGCUGUGGAUGCUUUACGAAUUUCAGACUCCCAACCAAGAGAUUCUGAUGUGGCAAAAGCUGCUUGUUCUGUCUUGGAAUCUGUUGAUUCAUUACGAGCUAACUAUUGGAAGUGGUAUAACAGCAAGCAUUUCCAAAAUGCUUAAAAUUAUUAUAGCGCGUGGGUCAUCUGAACUUUUGCUUCAUAGAGUUGUGCUCGCAAAGCUGGAGUUUGGGUUUUUUGAUGACAAAGCUGGAGUCGAGUUGCCAUCAUAUCAUGUGAAGAAACUUUUAAAUUGUCACUCAAUCAACAUUUGAACUUUUAAGCUUUGAAGAGCUGGAUUGCGGAACAUUGUUGUAUGGAUAUUAAAAUCUUAACCGUUUCCAAAUGAUGUUAAUGUUUUGACAACAAUUUUUCGUAGAAUUGAUGUUUAUGUUUUGCUUGCUUUCUUGGUGUUAGAAAAGGAGUGCUGAUUUUGAAGAAUAUAGGUUCUAUUGGUAUCAUGGAAGUCAUUUAAGCAGCUGGAGACUGCUCUUUGUACUUAAUUCCCUCAUUACUUAGUUCAUCUGGCCAAACCCUC